AUGGCGACUAUAGACCACAUCCCGAUUAAUAUGAGACAUCCGUCACAGAGGGAGAUUCGUCUUUUGACAUUAUUCAAUGGAAAAUGGGAUGAUAAGAUCAAAUGCAAGCUCGACAUAGUCUCUCUGAACGACGAUCCGAAAUAUGAGGCUUUAUCCUACGUCUGGGGAUCGUCAACUGAUCUUGUGGAUAUUGAAGUCGACGGCGCGACUUUCUCAGCGACUCGAAACCUCUAUUCGGCAUUAAGAAGGCUGAGAGAGCAGAUCGGCAGUAACGAAAGCAACCAUGAUAGUAGGACAUUGUGGGUUGACGCCGUAUGCAUCGACCAAGAAGACGCCCGCGAAAAACGCCACCAGGUGCAGCUUAUGGGCGAUAUAUAUAGCCAAGCUACCCGUGGGCUCUUGUGGCUAGGCGAGGAACCUGACGAGCCACAGCCGAUUGUGAGUAAAGAGCAAGAAGAAGAAGUCGCACGUCUAAUGAAGAGCUCCAAUGAUGUCUUGGACGGAAUCUCGAGUUCCUUGCCUUAUCUAAAUAUUGCCAAAGAGCUGAGCUCAAUGCCCGAGGUGAAGCCGAGACCCGGUGCAGACGACUUCAGGAUCACCCGGACACGGCCUGAGCAUUGGGACCCCGGCUUCGACCCAACACAACUGGACGAAGCUGGCAAGCUUGCCUUAGAGGCGGACAGCUUCUACCAAGUUGGUUGUCUCUUAUUAACAUUAGGCCUGGGCUCACAUCUGAAUUGGAUAGCGCAUCUUCAGCAUGAGCCGGUGGAUGCGCCGGCUACGUUCCGAACGAAUACUCGGCAAGCUUUGCAUUGGCUUGGUACUAGACCAUGGUGGUCUCGAAUAUGGACGGUGCAAGAGUGCAUCUUGCCAAGAGACUCGGAAUUGCUGUAUGGUGCGGUUCGGCUUUCGUGGGGACGCUUUUUAACGGCCAUAUCAAACUUCCAGAAACAUAGAACGAGCUGCUGCGCUCAUGUUCCUGGUGUAAAUGACAUGCUAAACGACCUCGUAGAUACGGUCCUGCCCUGCCUCACUUUGCAUCAAUAUUGUCACCAUAAAGACUUCACGCAUGCUCCAGUUUCUGAUCUUGACAACCCGUCACAUGUCACAUCUCUGUUUCGACCAGAGUCUCUACUGUGGACGUUUUGGCACCGUGAGGCUACAGAUCCGAGGGAUAAGAUCUAUGGGAUUCUAUCUCUCAUAAAGGGGCGUUCUGCCUUGACAGGGCAGCCUGCAAAAGAGCUAAUAGUACCUGACUACAGCCCCAGCAUGACCUUCGAAAAAGUCUAUACGGAGGCUGUGUAUAGUAUCAUAAAGCACAGUGCAUCGCUCGAUAUCAUCUCGCAACUUGGCAUGUCCACUCGCAGCCUCGACCAAAAACUGCCAUCCUGGGUACCUGAUUUCUCUCAACCUACGAGAUUCACCGGAUCCCUCGACAGAUAUCUGAAGCAGUUGCCCUUAUAUAAUGCCUGCGCGGGAAAAAGCGCUUCUGUUUCAACAAUUGAGGAGAACAUCUUAGUGCUCGAAGGCUGCUUAGUUGAUACUAUCGCAAACACAUCCUGCUCCAUGCUUUAUAGAGUCGAAGACUCUCAGAGACCAGUCUUGAAAGAAUGGUACACAUUUGCAAAGGGCGUCUAUGAGGAAGCGGCUGAGAGAGGCGCUCGGAGCGGUGAAGUUCACUGGACCGAACGAUUCUGGCGCACAUUAUGUGGCGAUACCGUCAUGAUCGAGCAGAAGGCGAUACUGCAAGAGGACUUCAAAGCACCACUGAGACGGAUCCCAACUGUACCUGGCCCAGGUAAACAGAGAGAUGAGGCGGCUUUUGACUUCUGGUGUAAGGCUCAACGCCUCAACGAACUUGGCAUAGGACUGUCGCCGAUUACCAACGACAGUGGUCAUAAUGCCGUCGACGAUCCCGCCGUCGGUACAAUUGGACAUGCAAUCAAGAUCUCCACAGCAAUUAGAAGAAUGUUCGUAAGCACGGAGGGUCGCCUGGGUCUCGGUCCCCCCAUCGCCGGGCUUACCUAUCCUCAGAAAGAUCGCAUAUUCGUCUUUCCAGGCGGCAAGACACCAUUUGUGUUGCGUUAUGUAGGCAUGCGACACGUCCCCGGACUUGGAAUGCAGCCAUGCCAUCAACUCCUAGGUGACUGCUACUUGGACACGUUCAUGGAUGGGGAGGGAAUGAGGAACUUUGAGACCCAGAAACAGACUGUUUAUAUAGUAUAA